AUGACCAGGAAAAAGCUCCAAGAAGAUUUGUGGAGAGCUGCACACCGAAGAGACAAUUCUCUGCAUGGACUAUGGAUUGAUGGAGAAUGGGUUGAAGAACCAGCAAGAGUAAAAGAGGAAGCCCGCCUAUUUUUCCUACAUAGGUUUCAAGAAACGGACCAUAACAGACCUCACCUAGAUGGUAUUGAAUUUCAGUCUAUUGACCAGCACCAAAAUGACAUGUUAACAGGGAGAUUUACGGAGGAGGAGAUAAAGGUCGCAGUUUGGGGGUGUGGGAGUGAGAAAAGUCCGAGUCCAGAUGGAAUUAACUUCAAAUUCAUCAAGAGGUUUUGGAACUUAGUCAAACCGGACGUUCUGCGGUUCAUGGAGGAAUUCUAUGUCAAUGGGAUUUUUCCAAGGGGUUGUAAUGCAUCAUUCAUUGUCUUAAUCCCCAAGGUGGUCAACCCGCAAUCGUUGGAGGAGUAUAGACCGAUCUUACUCAUCGGUUGUAUGUACAAGAUAGUUGCAAAGCUGUUGGCCAACAGACUGAAGAAAAUUAUACCAUUCAUAAUAGACGAGAGACAAACAGCAUUUAUAGAGGGGAGGCAUUUGCUCCACAGUGUAUUGAUAGCAAGUGAGGUGGUGGACGAGGCUAAGAGAAGUAAGAAGCCGUGUUUAGUCUUCAAAGUGGACUAUGAGAAGGCAUACGACUCGAGAGGUCUCAGGCAAGGGGAUCCAUUAGCACCUUUUCUCUUCAACAUUGUAGCAAAGGCACUGAAUGGAUUGGUGAGAGAGGCUAUUAAAAGAAAUUAUCGGGGCUUCUCAGUGGGAGCAAACAUAGUUGAAGUAAGCAUCCUACAAUAUGCGGACGAUACAAUAUUUUUUGGUGAGGCCUCACAGGAGAAUGUUAGGAUACCUAAGAAGGUGGAAGAAAAGUUAGUCAGUUUGCAACGCAAAUUUCUGUGGGGAGAAGGACCAGAUAAAAACAAGAUCGCGUGGAUUAAGUGGAACAUAGUUUGCCUACCAAAGGAAAAAGGGGGCUUGGGCUUGAAGGAUAUAAAUACUUUUAAUCUUGCUUUGCUUGGUAAGUGGAGAUGGAAUCUAUUCCAGCAUGACGGACAGCUGUGGGCAAGGGUAUUGAAGUCCAAGUACGGAGGGUGGAGGGGAUUGGAUGAAGCACUAGGGUGUAACAAAGAAUCAUUGUGGUGGCAGGACCUAAAGACAACAUUUCAAACCUCACAACAGGGAGAGGAGUUCAAAAAAGGGAUACAGUGGAGGUUGGGGAGUGGAGACAGGAUCAAAUUUUGGGAAGAUGAGUGGAUAGAGGGAGAGGCACCAUUGCUAACAAAGUACCCUAGAUUGUUCUCAAUCUCGCGCCAACAGAACCAAGUAAUCCAGCAGAUGGGAGGAUACAAGGAGGAGUGGGAAUGGAACUUAUCUUGGAGGAGGUCACUGUUCGAUAACGAGAUACCAAUGGCUACUAAUUUCCUAAGAGACAUUGAGAGGAAGACAAUACAGAGAAAUAGAAGGGACGAGUGGGUGUGGAAGACAGAUCAAAGUGGAAAAUAUACGGUUAAUGGGGGACGAGAAGGCCGGCCAAUUGGUGCUUACGAACUAGCAAAAGCAGUUGAAGAGCUUGGCGCUGGUGAAAUACUACUUAAUUGCAUUGAUUGCGAUGGUCAAGGAAAAGGAUUUGAUGAAGAUUUAAUUAAGUUGAUAUCAGAUGCUGUAAGUAUCCCUGUUAUCGCAAGUAGCGGUGCUGGUGCUCCUCAACACUUCUCUGAGGUGUUCUAUAAAACAAAUGCAUCAGCAGCACUUGCUGCCGGCAUCUUUCACAGGGAAGAGGUGCCUAUUCAGUCGGUAAAAGAGCAUUUGUUAAAGGAAGGCGUAGAAGUUGGAAUUUGA